AUGGCCGGGUUUAGGCAACUGUCUUGCAUUAAAAGGCCUUGCCCAACCAACUUGGGUGCGGACCAGGCCUCUAUUGGACCGAACAUCAUAGUCUUCCCGGUCAUAGACCUCUCGAGCCCGGGGCUCGAGCCGGGAACGGCCGAGUGGACCGCUGCAAGGGACGGGGUGAAGCGGGCGCUGGAAAGCUAUGGCUGCUUCGAGGCCCGGUUCGAGAAGGUGCCCGCCGAAAUGCAGGCGUCGAUGCUGGGCCUGGUCCGGGAGGUCUUCGACUUGCCCUUGCAGACCAAGCUCCGGAACGUCUCGAGCGAGCCCUUGCACGGUUACGUCGGGCAGUACCCCGUGGUCCCGCUCUACGAGAGCAUCGGGAUCGAGGACGCCGACGUGUACGAGAAGGUGGAUGGCCUUACCACUACUUUAUGGCCCGAGGGACAUCCGAGUUUUAGACUGCACUCUCCACAUCACCAAGUCAUGAUAAGCGGGAACGAGGCGAGGUACUCGGCCGCCCUGUUCUCGAUCCCGAAGGGCGGGUACAUAAUAAAAGCGCCGGACGAAUUGAUGGAUGAAGAGCACCCUCUGCUCUUCAAGCCCUUUGAUACACUGGAGCUGGACAAAGCGCAGAGUCUGCCCUCAAAACUUAUUGGGGUGUCUAGAAUUGGCCUACAUGGCUCUUGA